AAUAUAGCCUAUUGAAUAUCAGCACUGUGAACUUCUUCCCAAAUCUAUCAAUAUAGCAGGCCUAUUUACCAUUCAAAAUCCAUAAGGAAACACAUUUUUCCAACAAAAAAUAAAGAGGGUAGAUGAUUUUUUUAUGAAACCGUGGACUUCCGGACCACGUUUACCUCAGAGGUAACAGUGAGCUGUCCGGGCUCUGUGUCCUCUCUGGUAAAUAUUGGGGAACCUUUGAACCACUCCCCCUGUUACUGAGGAGUACGCCUGGCUGCAGCUGAUCCCACGAUGGCCAUGUCUCCCGUCAAACAGUUCCUGGUUACCUAUUUAAUGCCAGAAAAAUGUUACGAGAAGCUUCUCGUCAACUUUCACUUGCACGUGCCUUGCCUAAAGUUUGUACUGAACAGAACUGUCGGAUUUUGGAUCUUACUGGACACUUUCCUGGCACAGCUACCUCAGCUGUUAAAGAUACUGUGGCGAGGAAGUGCAGCGGGCCUGAGUCUGGCCUCAGCUCUUCUGCAGCUUUAUGCCUUCUCAUGUCCUGUUGUGUACGCCAUGGCCAGCAACUUCCCACUUUUUGCCUGGGGUGAGAGGCUCUUCACGUUGGCCCAGACAGCAGUGAUUGUCUUCCUCAUCCUGCAUUAUCGUAGUGAUACACUCAAAGGGAUGCUGUUCCUCUUGGCUUACAGUGGUGUGAUGUUCCUUCUGGGCUCCUACGCAGCUGCAGCAGUCGUCUCAGUGAUGCAGGCCUCCAGUUUUGCAGCUUUAAUUGCAAGCAAGAGUCUCCAGGCUGGAACUAACUACUGUAAUGGCCACACAGGCCAGCUGUCCACUGUGUCUGUGUUACUAUCGUGGGCAGGGUCUCUGGGUGUCAUCUUUGUGUCUCUCCAGGAGUCGGGAAGCUCAUUUGCUACUCUGUCACACCUACCGUCAGCCUGUCUCAGCUGUGUCCUCCUGGCCCAGGUCCUCUGCUACACGAGCAGCACCGCUACCACUAAAAAGAAGAGUGAGUAGAUGAUGGCGGACGAGCAAAACAAGUCUUCAAACAUUUACACAAGAAUUUCACCAGUCUGAGUAAUUUCUAAUACACAUACAGGGUUUUAAACUGGGGACGAAGUGCAGUCAUGCAGCAGACACGAGCGAACACACAAGCUUUUGUCAGAUCAGGUAAUUUCCCUGAUUAGUUCGUCCUCUGUGGUUAAAGGAACAUCCUGCAGAUGAUGCAUUCAUGUCACAGCAGCUUUACUGUUUACACAAACAUUUACACCUGGGAGCUGCACAGUACUGGUACAGGUUGUAGCAACAGCUACUGAGCAGCUCACUGGAGCACCUGGAAGUUAAGUGUUUUGCUUGAGUGCUGGAAGGGAUUUUUAGAGAUCAAUGUUAGUAAUUUCACUGCUCUGCUGUUCAGAGAUUGAACGCCAUAAACCUUGAAGUCACAAUAAGGGCAACUAAGGGAAAGCUUUAUGAAAGUACUAUGGUAGCGCCAGUAAAUUAUGUCAAAGAUGAUGAUUUUUACCCACGAGUAGGUUUUUGGAAUAUACCGGAACCUGUUUAUGUUUGAUUUCUUCCUAAGCACCAAUUUUGGGAAGAACCUUUUCAUGAACUCCUUUGGAAUGGCUUCUGAGCUCCAAGUAAAGCCAGCCACCAUAAACAAAAUGUCCAGUGUUGCUCUGCAACAGACAUUUGCAGGAGCUCUGCCAAGACACACUGAAGUGACUGUGGCAGCACAUGUGCACCAAUGACACAUUAACCUUGUUUGUUAAGCAGCUAUAAUAAACCACCCUUUUCAUGGGUUUUUACUGUUCAACAUGCUGUGUUUUACAUUCAUAUUUUAUGUAUUUGCUUACUUUCAUACCUGUUGAACUGUACUGUGAACUGAAUUCAAUGAUACUAUGAAUUAUUGUCUCUGAACAUUCAGUAAUAAAAUACAAUGUUGCCAGAGAAUACAGGUAUCUGUAAGUGAAAGCAUAUAGAGUUAGUCACCUUUACGUCAGGACUGUGUGUACACAAAAUAUAUUCCACUCUGGGAGUCAUGUUACAACUCCGGUUAUCACGUUAUGUUUAUAUUUUCACAUGGCUGACUUUCUGAAUGACCCUGUCAGUUAUCCUAAGCACAGCACUGAGUGUUAUAACUGCCAGUUUGGCAUGCCCCAGAUCAUGACAUAAUGUGACAUUACAAAGAAAAUCACCAGAGGCAUGGGUGGCUCUCGGGAUGCAAAACUAAUGACAUUCCCAUCAGCCUCGGCUGCACUUUGUGUUUUUAGUGUUAAUUAGCAUGUUAGCAUGCUAACAUGCUAAACAAAUGGGGUGAACAUGGUAAAAAUUAUACCUGCUAAA